AUGUUACAAAGCAUUCCUUUAAAUGCGCUAGAAGAAUCUAUGAACCACAUAAAUAAUAGAACAUUCACGGUACGCAAUAAUCAAGCCGAAGGAAAAACACUGUUUAAUGGUCUUUUUACAGUUGGUUUAUUCUGUGCUGUUGUAUUUGCUAAUUUUACUCUCAUUAUGUAUUGGGUGUUUAUGAUUACUAAACAUACAGAAGAGAUAUCUGCUUUGCUAAAAAAUAUACGACUGGAUAUUUUAGCCGAUGCAUUAAAAGAAAACCAUUCUUUGCUAGUGCUAGGCCUGGUGCAGGGUGGUAUAUAUCUUCUUACAAUAUUUGGGGCAUUUGUAGGCCAGUCACUAGUUUCUAGAAGAAUUCUAUUUACUAAGUAUACUAUAGGCGUACUUGUAACAAUUACCUGCUGUGCUAUUGGGUCUAUGCUUUCAAUGUUUGGGUUAAGCCUAUUUUUAGAGAACAUGCCACUUAAUCACCGACUUAUAGUCAGUGCACUUCUUGGGCUGGCAUUCUCUGUUCCGGGAUACAUAAUAAGCAAAAAAAUCAUAGCGUACCAUGUUCCAAUAGAAACAGAGACACUUGAUAUAGAUACUCCAUAUGUUCAAGUCCAGAGAAAGAAUGGAGUUGCUUUUGAGGAUCUCUAUCAAUUAGAGAGGAAAAAGUAUGCCGAUGGUACUAAUAGCCAGAAAAGCCUUCUGCUUGAUGAAUAUGACACAGCAGUGGAAGAAAAAGAAGAGGGAAGAAUAAGGAUAAAGCACUACAUGCCUAUUAUUUUAGGAAUUUGGGCUAUUUUUAUUACAAUGCCAUUUAGCGGGCUUGCCUUUUUAAUUAAUUCCAGCACAGUUGAGUGGGCAGUAAAUGCCUUCUUUGCUCUAAGAAAGGCCUGCAAAGAUUCCAGCAAUCUGACACGAGCUGCUAUUAUAGGAAGCAUCAUUGCUAGUGUGCAUCUAUACGGAGUUUUUGUUCAAAUAGUGUCUUUCUUUUUGGGAUCCCUGGUUGGAGAGGUAAGGUGCGGGCAUACGCUUUAUGAGUCUAUUAUAGAAAGUAUUACAAAAACUUUCCUAGAGUCUAUUGAAAUAAUAUCAAAUGUGUGCGUACAGACCUUAAGAAGCACUCUUACAUUCCUUAUGAUUCUAUUUAUUGAGAUUCCAACAGAAAUCAUCACAUACAUCAUUAAUAGAAGAUAUGGAGCUCCAUUUUACAGGCUAUUCCGAGCAAUCUACUCGCUUACAUUUGUAAUUUUCGGAUGCUGGAAAGGAAUUAUACAAACGUUUAUGUAUUUCAAGCUAGGUAUGUAUCCUUUAGAAUAUCUUAAUAUUGGAAAUAGAGAAGACUUUUUCACAAGUGCAAAAUCAACGUCUACUUCUUUAUCCAUUGGGCUUAGUAUGUUUAUGCUAAGUUCUUUGAUAAUAAUUGGCGUGCUUAUAUUUGCUUCUAUAAGAAGCACCCGUCUUCCAAUGCUCACAUCUAGACUGAGUAAUCCCAUUAUGGGAAGAUCCAUUCGAUUCUGGGCCAUUGUAGCACAAGCACUGUCUGCAAUUGUUUUCAUAGUCAUUCCAUCAAUAUUUUACUCAUUUACUGUGCGUAGUCAGACAAUACUAGACUUGGCUCUCCAAGACAUUGUUUGGCAUGCUCCAAGAAACACUAAUUAAAUGCGCAUGCUAAGAGCAGCUCAAUUUACAUUUAGUGUGACACAAUCACGACAGAUAGCUCAUGCAUACUUUUAGUCAUUAAAUAAAUGUAUGAAAAGGUGUAUAUUUAUCUAUGGUGUUUGCGCAAGCCAUGCAUUAAUAAAUAAG